AUGUAUACUAAUAACAACAGUAAUAGUGGUGGUAGACCAUAUAGGAAAGAAGAUGCAUCGAGAGAUAAACAAAAAAUCGAACUUGCAGAAUUUUCAAUUGAAGAUUUCAGACCUGAAGUUUUUAUUCAAAAGGCUUUGAGUAAUGCCAGUGAAAAGGGGGUUAGAGGAUUUUUGGAUACUCUCCGUGAAUCAAGAGAACUAGCAGCCGGAGAUUUACAGAAGAAUGUUUAUAAAAAUUAUAACGAAUUUCUAGAAAGUGAUAUGUUUGUUUUACGGGGACUUUUAAAUGAGCUAAGAAAUAUUAGCGACAAUUUGAGAGAUGAUAGUACAGAGUCAGUCAAUCUUGGACCUGUUGCACCAGUGGCAUCUGAACCUAUUGUGUCUAGAGGAAGGCAACCGACAAGGAAUAAUGCAACAGAUAUACAGUCAAUCUGGAAAGCACAAAUUCAACUUUUAUGGGAUCAUGUAGAAGGAGCACAGAAACUUGUACCAUUGGUACCAGGACGACAUAUUGUUCGAGAAUUUUCGAAUUUUGUAGAAAUCAAUGCGAGUACAAAUAAACCUAAGCAAGCAGUCCACAUGUUCUUACUUAAUGAUUGUUUAUUAAUUGCUGUAAAAAAGAAAAGACAAGCAGCUAAAGAAACAUCAUCCAGAGUUAAACUGGUAGCAGAUCGAUGUUGGUCAUUGGAAGAUAUUGGUGUGGUUGAUGUUAGAGAUGGAAAUGGUCUAUUUAAUAUUUUUAAAAUAAUGAGACAUCCGACUGAUCAGUUCGUUUUUCAAGCUGAUAAACCCGAAGAAAAAAAAAAUAUUUUAAAUAUGGCAAAACGUGCCACAGAUGAAAUGUUGUCAACCAAAGCAGAAAAACAUGCAGAUUCGAUAGUAAAUGCACAAAAUCAACAGCAACAAUUAACACCGCUUAGAAGAACAUUAUCUCGAAAGAAUAAAAGUCCAAUGCCUGUUAGAUCACAGCAAUCACAUGGACCUAUUGUACCUAAAGAACUUACAGUCAAUGAUGUUCGCGAGUUAGAAGAAUUGGGAGAUCAGUUGGAUGUAUAUAUUGCUACUAGAGAAUUUGAAGAGGCCAAUAAAUUGACAAAUGCUACAGCCAAGGAUAUCAAAUUGGAUCCUAUCAGAGCAAAAAUGGAAGAUAGAAUAGUAAAGUUAUCACUAGCAAUUAGUCAUGAUUUAACAAAUUCAGAUGUAAAGAAAUCACAAGUUCAAAAAUGUGUCCGAUGGCUUCUACGAUUGGGAUAUGGCGAACAGGCCAGAGAAAUGUUUUUAGGAGCCAGGAGCAAGAAUAUACGCAUAAGAACAAAGCAAUUAAAGUUCGAAGGAGAUAUACCACAAUAUAUCAACGAACUAUCACUUGUUUAUUUUACCUUGAUAAAGAAUACAUGUGAUUGGUACAAUGCUGCUUUUAGAGAUAUGAGAAUGGCAUCAGGACUUGUUAAAUGGGUUAACGAAGAAUUUGAACAUUAUGCGAGUAUGUUUAAGCGACAAGUUUAUAGUCUUCAUUAUUAUAAUGAUAAUAUAGUACAAGAAUGUUUAAGAUAUGCUAAAGAACAUUGCUUAAUGCUUCGAACAGUAGGCUUUGACUUGAAAUUUUUAUUGGAAAGUCUAUUAAAACCUGAUCCCGACGAAAUUGAUGAUAGAGCCUAA